CAGGGAACGGGGUUGCCCCGGGGACUCCCGCGCAGCCCCGGCGGAGCCGCCCCGGCCCGCCUGGCCCCGGCCCGCUCUGCCCGCGGCCCCUCUUGUCCCCCGGCGGGCGGGGAGCUCCGGCCCCCGCGGCGUGCUCGGGAGAGCGGCGGGAGGCACCGGGCGGCACCGGGCUGGGGCGGCUGCCCGGCCAUGGCGGCGCCGGGUCCCCGGCGGGGCUGCCCGUGGCCGGCGGUGCGGCCGGCGCUGCCCGUCCUGCGCUGGCUGCCGCGCUACUCGCUGGCCUGGCUGCAGCUGGACCUGAUGGCCGGUCUGAGCGUGGGACUCACCGUGGUGCCGCAGGCGCUGGCGUACGCCGAGCUGGCCGGGCUGCCUCCGCAGUAUGGCCUGUAUUCUUCCUUCAUGGGCUGCUUUGUCUACUGCAUGCUGGGCACCGCCAAGGACGUGACGCUGGGUCCCACAGCCAUCAUGUCACUACUUGUCUCCUCUUACGCGUUCCACGAGCCUGUCUAUGCCAUCCUGCUCGCCUUCCUCUCCGGCUGCAUCCAGCUGGCCAUGGGGCUUCUGCACCUCGGUUUCCUCCUGGACUUCAUUUCCUGCCCAGUCAUUAAAGGGUUUACGUCAGCUGCUUCCAUCACCAUUAGUUUCAACCAGGUCAAGAACAUCCUGGGGCUGCACGGGAUCCCUCGGCAGUUUUUCCUGCAGGUGUACGAGACACUGCGGAGGAUCGGGGAGACCAGGGCUGGGGACGCCGUCCUGGGGCUGGCCUGCCUGGCCGCGCUGGCAGGGCUCCGAGCGAUGAAGAGCCACCUGCCCCACGCUGCCCAUGCGGAGCCACUGGCUGCCAGGGUCAGCUACCUGAUCGUCUGGACCUGCACCACGGCACGCAACGCCCUCGUAGUCCUGUUUGCUGGCCUGGUGGCUUACUCCUUCCAGGUGAUGGGCUCCCAGCCGUUCACGCUCACCGGCAGCAUCCCCCGGGGCCUCCCUGCCUUCCGGCUGCCGUGCUUCUCCAUGGCUGCACCCAAUGGCACCGUCCCCUUCAGGAGCAUGGUGGAGGACAUGGGGGCUGGGCUGGCCGUGAUCCCACUCAUGGGCCUGCUGGAGACUGUCGCGAUUGCCAAGGCUUUUGCCUCGCAGAACGAUUACAAGAUUGACCCCAGCCAGGAGCUGCUGGCGCUGGGCUUCGCCAACAUCCUGGGCUCCUUCGUCUCGUCGUAUCCCAUCACGGGCAGCUUCGGCCGGACAGCGGUGAAUGCGCAAUCAGGCGUCUGCACCCCCGCAGGAGGGCUCGUCACAGGUGCCCUGGUGCUGCUCUCGCUGGCGUACCUCACCUCGCUCUUCUACUACAUCCCCAAAGCGGCGCUGGCCGCCGUCAUCAUCUCAGCCGUGGUGCCCAUGUUUGACGCUGGGAUCUUCAGGACGCUCUGGAGGGUUAAGAGGCUGGACCUUGUGCCCCUCUGUGUGACGUUCCUGCUCUGCUUCUGGGAGGUCCAGUACGGCAUCGUGGCUGGGGUGCUGGUCUCGGGGAUUCUCCUGCUCUACUCCAUGGCCAGGCCCCCGGUACAGGUGCUGGAGGGGGACGUGCUCCUGGUGCAGCCGGGGAGCAGCCUGCACUUCCCAGCCAUCGAGCACCUCCGGGACAUCAUCUGCAGCCGUGCCCUGGCAGCAGCAUCUCCACCACACUCCAUCAUCCUGGACUGUUGCCACAUCAGCAGCAUCGAUUACACGGUGGUGGUGGGGCUGGCAGAGCUGCUGCAGGAGCUGCGCAAGCACGGGCUCUCGCUGGCCUUCUGCAGCCUGCAGGAGCCUGUUCUCCAAGUCCUGCUGACCGCAGAUCUAGAAGGGUUCCAGCACUUCCCCAGCCGGGAGGAGGCAGAGCGGUGUGGGGCAGUGGAGCCAGGGGUCAGCGGGGCAGCCCCCUCCACCAGCACUGAUGUGAGCUCGCUGCUGCCCACGGGGCUCAUCCAGUGAGGGAGGAGCCGCCUGGGAUCUCCUCGGGGACCAUCACCUUGCCGGCUUCUCCUCCGUUUGCGCCGGGGCUGUGCGGCAGCUGUGACACCCCGGUGACAUCCGACCAACACCCUGCACUGGAGCCACCUGCCCCUGUCCGGCCUCCUGGGCAGCUGCUGAGCUGCCCGUGGGGGCUGGGACGUCCCCAUGUCCCCGGGGAGGGCAGAGCAGCGCCAGCCCAACCUCAACCAGGGGUCCCCUGGGCCCACCGCGGCUCCCCAGCCCCGGUGGAGCUCUGGCACCUCAUGGCCGCUGCGGCCGGUGACAGGCGGGCUGUGGAAGGGCUUGGUGGGGCAAAACCGUUCCCCAUCACGGUCGUCAGGAAAAAGCCAUCCCUCCUUCAGGCCAUCCCCAGCCUCAAAGGUGCUGUCUUUUUUAAAUCAGAUAUUUUAAUUCUGAAGACUUUUCUUAUUGUGGGACACAGAGAGCACACUCUUGUCACAGCGAGUUUCCAGCGCUCCCCUCCCAGCCCAAGAGCAACUGCAGCUCUCAGCCUCCGGCUCUUGGGAGAUGAACACUACCAGUGAUUUCACUCCUUACCAAUCCCUCCUGAUUUGUGGGGUUUUCUGCCAAAUGCUGUUCCCCCGUGGGUGCAGCCCCUCGCCUGACUCCUGCCAGGCCCCCGAGGGGACAGUCACCCUGACACCAGCCUGUGCCUCGCUGUGAAACGGGUGCAAAAGCAAUAGGGGUGGGGGGGGCGGGCAGGGUUCAGGAGAAAGCAGUUUUCCUGAACUGCCCUUGGCCGCCAGCCCGGUCAGGAGGGUUUAAUAAAGCAGCGAUUGCAAACGA